CAUGGUUGUCGCCUGUUUCGCCAUCCGGGCAGUGCGCGAGACUCAGGUACUCCCUCUGGUCAGGUUCAUGCCCAAACGAAGGCGGUAGUCGGGCUGUGCAAAGGCUCGCCAGCCAUCGCCAAUACACCUACGAAAGUACUCGCUAUGUGACAUCUCCUCGCCACUAACACCACCAGUCCACCACCGACACCACAUCCACCAUGGGCCACCGCGACGGAGGCUACUCCAGCGACGACUCCACCCUCUACUCACGCGGCAGCAGACAUCGCGGACGCCGCUCUUCACCUACAGACUACAACAGACGGCCCCGCCGAAGUCGCCGCUAUGCCUCACCAUCCCGCGACGAGAAGAAAGGCAGCAGUACAGCAGGCACAUUCGUCAAACUCGGAAUCGGCGUCGCAUUAGUGCAGAUCGUCGCAACAUGUUUCAGCGCUUGGAUGAAAGACAAGCAGGAAGCGGAUGACCGACACUAUCGACAUGAAAAGCGCAGAGCGUUCGAGAAAGCGAAAGCGAAGCGACGACGAGAAGAAGAAGAAUAUGAGAAGCGGCGGCAGCGGGAAGAAGAUGAGAGCGAUGGGCGAGAGUGGGACGAACGAGAAAUCAUCAUUCGCGAAGGGAGAAGGAUCGGGUAUGUCCCUGCGGAGAAUGCGAACGCUGAGAGAGACGACAGUCAGGAUCGACAGGUUCGACGAAUUGAGGCCCCACCGGAUGAUUACUACGAUUACGAACAUUCGGACGACGACUGGGAAGAUGAGCGUCGGAGAGCUCCAAGCGUUGCGGCGAGGAGUCGUAGCCGCUUUGGAGGGAGACCGAAGAGUGUGAGGGAUCUGAGAGACGAUCGGAGUCGAAGUCGACCUGCGGAACGAAUCAAGAGCUGAUGACGAUUGAGACGAUUUGAAUUUGCACAAUUGCUGCGUUGAGCGCGUGUUGAUUGCACGAAUGACAAGCCUGGUGUCCU